CCUCGCGGCGGCCCCGGCGGCGGCGACGGCGCGCGGAGAGACCUGGGCCGGGAGGAAGGAGUCUAUCCCGAGGCAUUUCCGGUUCCGGUGUCAGUUCGAGGCGCCGCCGCAGCAGCCGCCAGAGCCGCGAUGCCUAAAGGAGGGAGAAAGGGAGGCCACAAAGGCCGGGCCAGGCAGUACACAAGCCCCGAGGAGAUUGAUGCACAGCUCCAGGCUGAAAAGCAGAAGGCCAGGGAAGAAGAGGAGCAAGAAGAGGGUGGAGAUGGGGCUGCAGGUGACCCCAAAAAGGAGAAGAAAUCUCUAGACUCAGAUGAAAGUGAGGAGGACGAUGAUGACUACCAGCAAAAGCGCAAAGGUGUGGAAGGGCUCAUCGACAUCGAGAACCCCAACCGGGUAGCACAGACAACCAAAAAGGUCACACAGCUGGAUCUGGACGGGCCGAAGGAGCUUUCACGGAGAGAACGAGAAGAAAUCGAGAAACAGAAAGCAAAAGAGCGUUACAUGAAGAUGCAUUUAGCUGGAAAGACAGAGCAGGCCAAGGCUGACCUUGCCCGGCUGGCAAUCAUCCGGAAACAGCGGGAGGAGGCCGCCAGGAAGAAAGAAGAGGAGAGGAAAGCAAAAGACGAUGCGACUUUAUCAGGAAAACGAAUGCAGUCGCUCUCCCUGAACAAGUGAACACCCGGCCGGGGGGAGAGGAGACGCCGGGCCCUGGGCCGUGCCUCCGGGACCCCUGCCGGCUCACCCGCCCGUGCCCUGGCGCCGCUGCAGCAGCCCCUCAGGCCAGGAGCCCCACGGCCUGGGGCCUUGUCUUCAUCUUGGCACAGAAAUUGUUUGGGGGAAUGGAGG